AUGUCAUCCGCAAAAAUUUUCUCCAAAAAGGAAAGCAAUAACGAAAUUGAAGUAAAUACGCUCAAGGAGCAAGACAACUCAAGCCUUAUUGAAGCGUAUGAAGAAAAGCCUCCAACCCAAGAUAUUGGCCAUGAUAUGAGAACAAAAAUUCAAUUGUGCUGGGAUAAUGUCAGCUAUGUCAUUGAGAAGAAAGGUGAAGAAACUCAGAUCCUAAAAGGAGUCUCAGGAAAAGCUAACCCAGGAGAGCUUUUAGUCUUGAUGGGCUCUUCAGGGGCAGGCAAAACAACGCUUCUAAAUAUUUUGGCUGGGAGACUUAAAAGUAAUAAUAAUGCCAAAAUCGUUGGUAAGAUAACUGCAAACGGGACAAGUAUAAAGGACAUUGAUUUUGGGUAUUACUCAGCGUAUGUGACUCAAGAGGAUAUUCUCCUUCCUAAUCUAACACCUAGAGAGUCUUUAUUAUUCUCAUCAAGACUCAGAAUGCCAGGGACUUACAAAGAGCAUGUGGCUAGGGUGGAAUCGAUUCUUCAAGAACUAAGAUUGAUAAAAUGCGCAGAUAACAUUGUUGGAAGUAUAACUAAAAAAGGACUUUCUGGGGGCGAAAGGAAAAGAGUUUGCAUUGGGAUGGAACUUAUCACUGACCCUAUCGUCCUUUUGCUAGAUGAACCUACUUCUGGUCUUGACAGUUUUACAGCAGAAGUCGUUAUUGACUUAUUAAUAGAACAGGCUAGAAAAGGCAGAACUGUUAUGUCAACAAUCCAUCAGCCAAGCACCAGCAUUUUCGAUAAAUUCGAUAGAUUGCUUUUAUUAGCAGAAGGCCAUCUGGUGUACCAAGGUCGGGCCCGUGACUCUCCGAAAUAUUUUGCCAAAGUUGGAUACUCAGUUCCUAAACUUAUGAAUCCAGCAGACUUUUAUAUGAGACUACUUCACGUCGUAGAUAGAAAACACCCAACCGAAGAAGAGCAUGAAAAAAUUGAAAAUUUGGUUUCUGCUUAUACCACAAUAGACCAAGAAGAUAAUGACUUUGAUACCUCAAAACUUGAGCCCUUACAAGACAAGCAUUUAGUAGUACCCACUAACUUUGCUCAGCAGUUUAUAAUCCUACUUAGGAGAGCCUGGAUAAAUGCAAGAAGAGACCCACUUGCAAGCCAAGUACUAUUUUUUGAAUAUAUUAUGGUUGGGUUCUUGGUUGAUAUUAUUUGCAAUAAUUUAGCAAAAAAUUAUGACUCUUCUCGCACCAGGACUCAAAUUUUGUUUUUGUCAAUGUCCUCUGUAGCUUUUUUCGCUUGCCAGAAUGCAGCAAUGAUGUUCCCAAAUGAAACACCUUUGUUUCUUAAAGAAAGCAAGCAAAGGAUAUAUAGCACAAUUUCUUACUAUAUGGCAAAAUCCAUAGCAGAUCUUCCAAUGCAGUUUUUGCCUUUGUUAGUUUACUGUGUUAUGAUAUAUUGGGCAAUUCCUUUAAAUGACUAUGAUUCCAGCAAAUUUUUCAUUUUUUAUUUUGUUCUACUUUUACUGCAAGUAAGCUGCCUUGGCAUGGGAUAUAUUUUAGGUGCUAUGGUUAAAACAGAAACUCUUGCAGUUGCAAUUACACCAGUAUUUAUACAGCCAUUGAUGAUGUUUUCUGGACUAUUUCCAAGUGUCAAACACUAUCCUGAAGGAUUUUUCUGGAUCCAAUAUAUUUCUGUAAAAUUUAUUUAGAGCAUGAGAUGGGCUGUUGAAGCAAUUUGUGCAAAUGAGUACAAUGAUUUAGGCAUGCAUUGUCAGCAUUGCACAGACUGUAAGAAAUGCGAUCCUUUAGGAGAUCUUGAUUUUACUAAUAGUAUUGGAUCCUGCGUUUUAUAUCUCUGCAUUCUUACUGUUGGAUAUAGAGUUAUUGCUUAUUUGCUGCUCUGGAAAAGAGCUGUGAAUUCACGCAGAUAA